AUGACCGGCGAGGACGUGAAAAACAUCACCAACGAUACCACCGAAACAUCCGCCGCGACCUCGUUCAAAAAGAAAGAGGAAAGAAAAGACGACGACGACGAGAAGGAUGAUGAGAGGAACAAAAAACGGAAACUUCUUUCUCUUUUGGAGCGGAGAAUGAUGGGAGGAAAAGAGAAGGAUGGAAACGAAACCGAGGCGGCAAAAGUCGUCGCUCGAGCGACCGAGAUAUCAACGAAAGCGACACAAGCAGCACCGGGUGGUGGUGGUACUAACGAUGAUGAUGCGACGAAAACACAGAUGAAAAAUACGUUCGUCUGCGAGGCGAACGAUUGCGUGCACUUUCACCUGUUCGAAGGAGACAAAGGAGAGGAAAAAACGUUUGAACCGGAGUUCGCGCACCAAGUCUUCCGCGAGGACGAGACGAUUUACGGGUACUCGGAGGAUUUAUCGGUGGAUGUUUUGUGUGCACCGAACACGUUCGACCCGCGAUUCGUGGACGUCACGUACGGGGAGAAAGUGCGAUCGAGUUUGAAUCCGGCGGAUGAUAUUCGAGCGAAUUUGAACGCGUGGUUCCCGGAAGCGGGGACGACGACGACGAAGGAGGCGUUUUUGAAACAGGCGGAGGAGACGAAGGAGAUGGAGAUUCCCGGAGAUGGUGGGAAAAUUAUCGCAGAGUGGGACGGGGAAGGCGAGGAGGAGAGCGGGUUGAGGUAUUCCGUUCGCCAGUUUGAGUUUAAGGAGUCCGAGAGGGAGACGGUUGGGCGAUGGCACGAUAACGUGGAACCGUUUGUGGCGUUUUAUAUCGACGCCGCGUCGAAGAUUGAUAAGAGCGACGGAAGGUGGUUGUGGUUCGUGUUAAUCGCGCAGAAGAAGGAUAAUUUGAAACGGUGGGCGACGUGCGGAUUUAGCACUGUGUAUCAGUUUUACGCGCAUCCUUUUCAACGAAGGUUGAGGAUUAGUCAAGUGUUGGUGUUGCCGCCGUACCAAAGGAAAGGGUUCGGGGCGAAGCUUUUAGACGCGGUGAGAGUGUACGCGCAGAUGCAAGAUAAAGAAGAAGGGAAAGAGAUUGCUGAUAUUACGGUCGAAGACCCGACGGAUCAACUGCAACGUUUACGAGACGUUCGUGAUUGCGUCGCGGCGACGGAAAACGAGGGCAUCGUCCAAGCGGUGAAAACCGCCGCGCGCCUCGCGUUUGCCGCCGCAACCUCCUCCGCGAACAGCGAUCCUCUCGUCGACGAUAGAAAACAAAAACUCAAACGCGCGCAAUCCGCGCUCCGUCUUCCGAAACUCUGUUACGACACCAACUUCAAAAAAGACUUGAAAAUAUGCGAACCGCAAGCCAAACGCGUCUGGGAAGCGCUCUUGUUCGUUUGGGCCAAACAAUGCGGAGCGCCAAACGAAGGCAUCGUCGCCGACGCCUUCCGAACCAACGUGCUCAACCGCUUAAAGAAAAAACACAUGGCCAGUUUAGGCAAAGGCGAAGACGACGUCGGGAGCAAACGCAUCCGCGACACCGAGGACGGUUUCAUCAUGUGCAAAGGCGGCGGCGAAGGCGAACGCGUAGAAAUCGAAGACGUCGUCGCGACGGAGAAUGAGAAAAAGAAUAUCAACAACAACAACAACAACCGAAAAGGAGGAGAAGAGGAACAUCAUCAUCGCCACAACCAAACCGACGACGACGACGGAGGAGACGACGCGCGGCCGAAAGAUCCAGCCGAGGCUUUAGCCAACCUCUUCCACGAGUGCUUGCAAAACCUCUCCUAUUUGAGCGCUGUUGUGAAAAUGUAA